GAGUGAGCGGCGCGGGGCCAAUCAGCGCGCGCCGUUCCGAAAGUUGCCUUUUAUGGCUCGAGCGGCCGCGGCGGCGCCCUAUAAAACCCGGCGGCGCGACGCGCCUCCACCGCCGAGACCGCGUCCGCCCCGCGAGCACAGAGCCUCGCCUUCGCCGCUCCGCCGCCCGUUCACACCCGCCGCCAGCUCACCAUGGAUGAUGAUAUCGCCGCGCUCGUUGUCGACAACGGCUCCGGCAUGUGCAAGGCCGGCUUCGCGGGCGACGAUGCUCCCCGGGCCGUCUUCCCCUCCAUCGUGGGGCGCCCCAGGCACCAGGGAGUGAUGGUGGGCAUGGGUCAGAAGGAUUCCUAUGUGGGCGACGAGGCCCAGAGCAAGAGAGGCAUCCUCACCCUGAAGUACCCCAUCGAGCACGGCAUUGUCACCAACUGGGACGACAUGGAGAAGAUCUGGCACCACACCUUCUACAAUGAGCUGCGUGUGGCUCCUGAGGAGCACCCCGUGCUGCUGACUGAGGCCCCCCUGAACCCCAAGGCCAACCGCGAGAAGAUGACUCAGAUCAUGUUUGAGACCUUCAACACCCCAGCCAUGUACGUGGCCAUCCAGGCUGUGCUGUCCCUGUACGCCUCUGGCCGUACCACUGGCAUCGUGAUGGACUCCGGUGACGGGGUCACCCACACUGUGCCCAUCUACGAGGGGUAUGCCCUCCCCCACGCCAUCCUGCGUCUGGACCUGGCUGGCCGGGACCUGACUGACUACCUCAUGAAGAUCCUCACGGAGCGCGGCUACAGCUUCACCACCACGGCCGAGCGGGAAAUCGUGCGUGACAUCAAGGAGAAGCUGUGCUAUGUUGCCCUGGACUUCGAGCAGGAGAUGGCCACGGCAGCUUCCAGCUCCUCCCUGGAGAAGAGCUACGAGCUGCCCGAUGGCCAGGUCAUCACCAUCGGCAACGAGCGGUUCCGCUGCCCCGAGGCGCUCUUCCAGCCUUCCUUCCUGGGCAUGGAGUCCUGUGGCAUCCACGAAACUACCUUCAACUCCAUCAUGAAGUGUGACGUGGACAUCCGUAAAGACCUGUACGCCAACACAGUGCUGUCUGGUGGCACCACCAUGUACCCUGGCAUUGCCGACAGGAUGCAGAAGGAGAUCACUGCCCUGGCGCCCAGCACGAUGAAGAUCAAGAUCAUUGCUCCUCCUGAGCGCAAGUACUCCGUGUGGAUCGGCGGCUCCAUCCUGGCCUCGCUGUCCACCUUCCAGCAGAUGUGGAUCAGCAAGCAGGAGUAUGAUGAGUCUGGCCCCUCCAUCGUCCACCGCAAAUGCUUCUAGGCGGACUGUGACUUAGUUGCGUUACACCCUUUCUUGACAAAACCUAACUUGCGCAGAAAACAAGAUGAGAUUGGCAUGGCUUUAUUUGUUUUUUUUUGUUUUGUUUUGGUUUUUUUUUUUUGGCUUGACUCAGGAUUUAAAAACUGGAACGGUGAAGGUGACAGCAGUCGGUUGGAGCGAGCAUCCCCCAAAGUUCUACAAUGUGGCCGAGGACUUUGAUUGUACAUUGUUCUUUUUUUUAAUAGUCAUUCCAAAUAUGAGAUGCAUUGUUACAGGAAGUCCCUCGCCCUCCUAAAAGCCACCCCACUUCUCUCUAAGGAGAAUGGCCCAGUCCUCUCCCGAGUCCACACAGGGGAGGUGAUAGCAUUGCUUUCGUGUAAAUUAUGUAAUGCAAAAUUUUUUUAAUCUUCGCCUUAAUACUUUUUUAUUUUGUUUUAUUUUGAAUGAUGAGCCUUCCUGUCCCCCCCUUUUUUGUCCCCCAACUUGAGAUGUCUGAAGGCUUUUGGUCUCCUGGGAGUGGGUGGAGGCAGCCAGGGCUUACCUGUACACUGACUUGAGACCAGUUGAAUAAAAGUGCACACCUUACAAAUGA